AUUCCCCCCGCCGCGCCCGGGCACGCCGCCGCCCGCCGGGCCCUGCUCCGCGGCUCCGCGCCCAGGCGCCGACCAUGGCCCGGCCCCGGCCCCGGCCCCGCGCUCCCGGCGCCCUGUCCUGGGCGCUGCUGCUGCUCUGCGGCCCGGCCGCCGGCUCCGCGCAGGCAGUGUGCGCGGGGACCCUCAACGGGCUCAGCGUCACGGGCGACGCCCAGCACCAGUUCCAGACCCUGCACAGGAUGUACAACAACUGCGAGAUCGUCAUGGGCAACCUGGAGAUUGUCCUCAUCGACCACACGCAGGACCUCUCCUUCCUGCAGACCAUCCGCGAGGUGACGGGCUACGUCCUCAUCGCCAUGAACGUGUUCGGGGCGCUGCCGCUGCAGAGCCUGCGCGUGGUGCGGGGCACCCAGCUCUACGAGGAGAAGUUCGCGCUCUUCGUGCUGCUCAACUACAACCCCAACACCACGCACGCCCUGCGCCGCCUCGGCCUCGACCAGCUCACCGAGAUCCUGGCCGGCGGCGUCUACAUCGAGAAGAACGAGCAGCUCUGCCACGUGGACACGGUGGAGUGGCGGGACAUCAUGCGGGACCCCCGCCUGGAGCCCGUGGUGGGCGACAACGGCAAGAGCUGUGAGUGCCGGGGGGGGGGGGGGCGCGGCGGGGCCCAGGCGUCCGGGCGGCGCCGGGGGCUGACGCCGCUGCCCCCCCCCGCAGGCGCCCCGUGCCACGAGAGCUGCGGCGGGCACUGCUGGGGCCCCGGCCCCGAGGACUGCCAGAAACUGACGAAGACCAUCUGCGCGCCCCAGUGCAACGGGCGCUGCUUCGGGCGGGCGCCCAACGAGUGCUGCCACGAGGAGUGCGCGGGGGGCUGCACCGGCCCCCGCCAGACCCACUGCUUCGCGUGCCGGCACUUCAACGACAGCGGGGCCUGCGUGCCGCUCUGCCCCCAGCCCCUCAUCUACAACAAGCUCACCUUCCAGCUGGAGCCCAACCCCGACACCAAGUACCAGUACGGGGGCAUCUGCGUCCGGAGCUGCCCACAUAACUUCGUGGUGGACCAGAGCUCCUGCGUCCGCGCCUGCCCCAACGACAAGAUGGAGGUGGAGAAGAACGGGCUGAAGAUGUGCGAGCCCUGCUCGGGGCUGUGCCCCAAGGCCUGCGAGGGCACCGGCGCCGGCAGCAAGUACCAGACCGUGGACUCCAGCAACAUCGACACCUUCGUGAACUGCACCAAGAUCCUGGGCAACCUCGACUUCCUCAUCACCGGCCUGGAGGGGGAUCCCUGGCGCAACAUCUCGGCGCUGGACCCCGAGAAGCUCAACGUCUUCCGGACGGUGCGGGAGAUCACGGGCUACCUCAACAUCCAGUCCUGGCCCAAGCACAUGCACAACUUCAGCGUCUUCUCCAACCUCGUCACCAUCGGGGGACGGAGCCUCUACAACCGCGGCUUCUCCCUGCUCAUCAUGAAGAACGAGAACGUGACGUCGCUGGGGCUGCGCUCGCUGCGGGAGGUCAGCGCCGGCAAGGUGUACAUCACCGAGAACCGCCGCCUCUGCUACUACCACACCGUGCAGUGGGCCGCCCUGUCGCGCCGCCGCGCCGACCUCGACAUCAAGAACAACAAGCCGCGCAGCAAGUGCCAGCAAGAGGGGAAGGUGUGCGACCCGCUGUGCUCCGCCGACGGGUGCUGGGGCCCCGGCCCCGAGCAGUGCCUGUCCUGCCGCCACUACAGCCGCCGGGGCGUCUGCGUCGCCUCCUGCCACUUCUUCCAGGGGGAGACGCGGGAGUUCGCGCAGGGCAGCGAGUGCUUCGAGUGCCACCCCGAGUGCGAGCGCAUGGAGGGCAGCGUCACCUGCAACGGCUCGGGCGCCGACACCUGCACCCGCUGCGCCCGCUACCGGGACGGGCCGCACUGCGUGGAGCGCUGCCCCGAGGGCAUCCUGGGCGAGCGCGGGCCCAUCUACAAGUACCCCGACGGCAGCCGCGAGUGCCGGCCCUGCCACGAGAACUGCACCCGCGGAUGCCUGGGGCCGCUGCUGCAGGACUGCGUGGGGGAGCCGCUGCCCGUCUCCAGGAAAACCCCCACGGUCAUCGCGGUGAUGGUGGUCGGCGGGCUCUUCCUCUCCUGCUCCUGCUUCCUCCUCACCCUGCUCUACUGGCGGGGCAAGAAGAUCCAGAAGAAGCGGGCGAUGCGGCGCUACCUGGAGAGGGGCGAGAGCCUGGAGCCGCUGGACCCCAGUGAGAAAGCCAACAAGGUGCUGGCCCGCAUCUUCAAGGAGACGGAGCUGAAGCGGCUGAAGGUGCUGGGCUCCGGCGUCUUCGGGACCGUGCACAAGGGCGUCUGGAUCCCCGACGGCGACUCCAUCAAGAUCCCCGUGAGCAUCAAGGUGAUCCAGGACUGGAGCGGGCAGCAGUCCUUCCACGCCGUCACCGACCACAUGCUGGCCAUCGGCAGCCUGGACCACGCCUACAUCGUGCGGCUGCUGGGCAUCUGCCCCGGCGCCCAGCUGCAGCUGGUGACGCAGCUGCUGCCCCUGGGCUCCCUGCUCGACUACGUCCGCAAGAACCGCGGCGGCAUCGGCCCCCAGCUGCUGCUCAACUGGUGCGUGCAGGUGGCCAAGGGCAUGUACUACCUGGAGGAGCACCGCAUGGUGCACCGCAACCUGGCCGCCCGCAACGUGCUCCUCAAGUCGCCCAGCCAGGCCCAGGUGGCCGACUUCGGCAUCGCCGACCUGCUCUACCCCGACGACAAGAAGUACUUCUACAACGAGGUCAAGACGCCCAUCAAGUGGAUGGCGCUGGAGAGCAUCCACUUCGGCAAGUACACGCACCAGAGCGACGUCUGGAGCUACGGCGUGACGCUCUGGGAGAUGAUGACGUUCGGGGCCGAGCCCUACGCCGGGAUCCGCCUCGCCGAGGUGCCGGACCUGCUGGAGAAGGGCGAGCGGCUCUCGCAGCCCCAGAUCUGCACCAUCGACGUCUACAUGGUCAUGGUGAAGUGCUGGAUGAUCGACGAGAACAUCCGCCCCACCUUCAAGGAGCUGGCCAACGAGUUCACCCGCAUGGCCCGCGACCCCCCGCGCUACCUGGUGAUCAAGGAGAGCGGGGCGGUGCCGCCCGCCGAGCCGCCCCCCCUCAGCGACAAGGAGCUGGACGAGGUGGAUACGCUGGAGCUGGAGGAGGAGGAGGAGCUGGACGUCUCCUUCGGCCUCGCCGGGCUCUACCCCUCGCGGCCGCGGGGCAGCUCUGCCCGGAGCCCCAGCCUGCUGAGCCCCCCGGCCGGCUACAUCCCCAUGAACCAGCCCGGCCUCGGCAGCGGCCGCCAGGGCCGGCCGGCGCGGCGCAGCCGGCGGGAGUCGGAGGCGUCGGAGGGCCGGGGCGCGGGGGCCUCGGAGCCGGAGCCGGAGCCGGCCGGGGGGCUGUCGGCGGGGGGCAGCCUCUGCCGCAGCCGGCGCUCGGGGGGGGACAGCGCCUGCCACCCCCCGCCGCCCCCCAGCACCGAGGGCAGCGAGGAGGACGCCAACGGCUACGUCACCCCCAACUGCGCCGCCCGGGAGCCGGAGCCAGCCCGGGGCUCGGCGCCGGAGGAGGAGGAGGAGGAGGAGGAGGAGGAGGAGGAGUACGAGUACAUGAACCGGCGGCCCGGGGCCCCCCCCGGCGCCCGGCCGGCCUCCCUGGAGGAGCUGGGCUACGAGUACAUGGAGGUGGGCUCGGAGGCGGGCGCCCCCCCGCCGCGCCGCCCGGAGGAGGAGGAGGAGGAGGAGGAGGAGGAGGAGGAGCGGGAGGAAGACUACGAGUACAUGAACAAGCAGCCGCGGCUGAGCCGCUCGCUGGGCAGCGCCGCCGGCCCCCGGCACCGCGGCUACCGCGACGUGCGGCCCGGGGGGGCCGCCGAGGAGCAGGGCUACGAGGAGAUGGAGGCGGUGCCGGCGCCCCGGGGGGGCCGCUGCCCCGGCUGCCGCGGCCCCCCCGGCCCCCCCGCCGCCCUCAUGAAGCCCCUGCGGAGCCUCGAGGCCUCGGACUGCGCCUUCGACAACCCCGACUACUGGCACAGCCGCCUCUUCGCCAAGGCGGACCCGCAGCGGACGUAGGGGCCCCCCCGGCCCCCCCCCGGCCCCCCCCGCCGCCGCUCGCACGCCGAUAUGAAGGAGCCCCCGCGCCCGGCACGGGGCACGAGCCGAAUUGCAACGGGGGGGCCCAAAGCCGGGGGGUGAGGCGAUGCACGGGCCCCCCCCCCCCCGCCGGGGCGUCCCCGUCCUGCCUCAGUUUCCCCGCGGCUCCGGCGCAGCCUCUCCCGGGGCCGGCGGCUGCCGGGGCGCGGGAGGCCCCGUUCCUCCGGGGUCGGGCUGCGAAGCGGCUCCCGGUCCCCAAAGGGCCGCGCGGGGCCCCGGGGGGGGGGGGAGGGAGCGGGGGCCUCGGCCCCGGCUGCUUUCGGGCCGCGGGGUCGGGGUUCCCGGGCCGGGGGGAGCCAAGCGCGUGUUCGGUACCGCCGUGCCCCGCCGGCGCCGGGGGGGCGGUUCGGGGGUCCGGCGGGGUCCCGGCCCGGAACGACCCUCGGGGCGGGGGGGGGCGGCGGGACUCGGGUGCCGAAAUGGGGGUUUCACCCCCGUUUUUCCAGCGAAGCCUUUCGAGGCUUGCCCGGAGCCCGUGGGGCGGGAGGGGGGGGGGACCGGGGUGGGGGGCGCCGUGGGCCCCGCCUGCCCCCCCCCCCCGGCCGGGCAUCGCCCCCAGCCCCUGGCCGCGCGGGACGGGCGAAGGGUCGCUCCGGUUUUUAAAAGCUGAAUAAAGACAAAGGGAAGCUGA